AUGACUCUAUCAGCGAUUAGGGCAUGGAGCACUUCGUGUAGAAAUGGAAACCCUGUUGUUCUUCUCCUGUGUUCCGGUAUAUGCUUACAAUUGUUCUCUGUCUGUGCUCUUUUCCUGAUAAAUGAAUCCUCACAAGAUUGUAUCGACUUCUACCCAGCCGUGGUUAUCACGCUUAAUUUGGCGCUUGCAACCAUGGUUUGGUACUUGUUGAGAAACGUCCUUGACACUAUACCGCUAUGGACUAAAAUAGCUGCAGCAUCUUACGUAAUAAUAUCAGUGACGUCAUCGGUAUAUCUGAACUCGGACAAUCGGGUGAUAGUGCUGAAUAUGAAGUUGGAUUUAAAAUAUAUACACGGACAGGUGUCCUCUACAUUUUGCCUUUACGAUUCGAAGGGUAUCCUAUUGCCAAUUGUUAUAGAAACCAUCAGUCUAUAUACGCCAGCCUUUGGAUUAUUUUGUUACAUAUCCAGGAAGAAAUCAAAGCUUAAACGAGACUUUGAGCAGACGCACCUGCAAAUUAUCUCCCCGUGUGCUGGGUUGCAGGACGAUAGGACAUACUGUUACGCGUGUGAGAAGAUAAACCAAGAAACCGUGACUUUAAUGAAGAUGUAUGGGAUAGUAUUGUUAAUAAUACGGCCCAUCGUUCAUCUUUUUAAUAACAUCGUGGGAGGUCCAUGUACAGACAUUGUUCCCGUUGUUUUUCACCUGGGUGGAUGUGCGCUCUUAUCAGUUUUAAAUAUAUAUUACCGAAAAUAUGCUACAAAACUAAAGGAGUCUCCAAAAAGUACUCUUCCUCUUCAUACCAAAAUUAUGGAUGUAGAUUGA